CUGUUUUUAGGGGGCGCCAGCACUCAGAAGAACCCCUGAGGGGAUGGACCGGACCGGACCGGCAGCUUUCUGCACCAGAACUGCAAAACCCGAGCCUCUAAACAUCCCUGAACUCCUGAUAACUUUAGUUAACACCCCGGGGCUUCGGAUAAAGCUGUUAGGCGCUGAGUUUACCCCUUUAUUUCUGUAUCAAUCCUGUUUUUACUGAGUUAUUAUUAUUAUUGUCAGCUGGUUUUCCUUCCUGAGAGAGUCGGGCGAGCGUCCACAUCCGCAGCAGAGGCGUUAAUGGUGAUGUACGCGCGGAAACAGCCGAGACUCGCUGACGGGUGCAGUGACAGAAGGGAUUACCAGUCUUACCAGUCCUUCCAGUACCAGUCCAAGAGUCACUCAACAAAUGACCACCGUCAUGAAAAGGUCCACAACUCAUCAGACCAAACUCCACCUGCUAAGAUGCUGCGCCGAUCAGACAGUCCAGAGAGCAAGCAGAGUGAUGGAACUGGGCACGGUCAUGCACGAGCACUCCACUCACAGCGACCCAAAGAGAGCAGCACCAGCUGCUCUCCACAAGAGAACUCACUCAAUCAUGCCUAUCACAGUGCCAACUCUCACUCCGUCCCCAACAAAUGUUCUGAAAUGCCCCGCGAGCCAGCUGAUGACUGGUCUGAGCACAUCAGCUCUUCAGGGAAGAAGUACUACUACAACUGCAGGACGGAGGUGUCUCAGUGGGAGAAGCCCAAGGAGUGGCUGGAGAAGGAACAGCGACAGAAGGAAGCGUCUAAAGCUGUUGUGGUCAACAGUUUCCCCAAAGACAGAGACUAUAGACAAGAGGCCAUGCAGGCUGCCAGUGCCAUCAGUAGUAUAAAGCCAACUGCUUCUGACAAGCCAUCAUCACAUCCCAGCUUCUCCCAGGCCUCCUCCUGCGCUUCUAGUGGCCUGCAUGCCUCAGGCGCUUCCACUUCAUCCACUACUUCUGCCACAGUGUCCCCAGCUCUGCAGUCCCACGCCUCCACUCUGCUCCAAGACCCAGCUCUCCUCAGACAGCUGCUCCCUGCUCUACAGGCCACCCUGCAGAUCAACAAUUCCAACGUAGACAUGGCCAAAAUCAACGAGGUCCUCACAGCCGCUGUCACCCAAGCUUCCUUACAGUCUAUGCUUCAUAAAAUUCUCACUGCUGGACCGUCUGCUUUCAACAUCACUACUCUGCUUUCCCAAGCUGCUCAGUUGUCCACACAAGCUCAACAAUCCGGCCAGUCUCCUAUGUCCGAAACACCGGAUGCAACGUCGCCCAGAUCUUACGUGUCUCCCAGGGUCAGCACACCUCAGACCAACGCAGUCACCCUGAAGCCCCUCCACAAUGCUGGAUCUCUACCUGCUCAGCCAAAAGUUAGCGAGUCGAUAAUGAAAUCGGGUUCAGUUCUCCAGCACUCCUCUGGCAGUUUGGACAAAGGUUCUGAAGUUGAAGACCCACGGCUUCAAAGGCAAAAUAGUCAAGGACCCCCAUCUGCAGGGCCCAACGGCUGCCUGGUGACCAAUAUAGGAAACCCCCCCACAUGCCCUCCAACCACCUUCACUCCUUCUCUAGCAUUGCACUUCAAUGAGAAUCUCAUCAGACAUGUUCAGAGCUGGCCUACAGAUCACAUAGAAAAGCAGGCUUCAAGAUCACGAGAGGAGGUCCACAACAUGGGUAGCAUGAACAUGUCCGAGAUCUGCACAGAGCUGAAGAAGCUGCGUUCCUUAGUUCGAGUGUGUGAAAUACAAGCUACACUCAGAGAGCAAAGGGUACUCUUCUUAAGACAACAGAUCAAGGAACUAGAGAAGCUAAAGAACCAGAACUCCUUCAUGGUCUGAGAAGCUGCGAUGUCAGUUUUUCCCCUUCAGAAGGAGGAGCCCAGCAGCUGGCUGCCGUUUCUCUGCUCCUGGUCUGAAUGCUCUCUCUCUCUCUCUCUCUCUCGAGAUGGUGUGGACCUUCAGGCUGGACAGUCUCCUCCUAACAGGACUGGGCUCUUUCUCCCAGGCAGAGGAGCCAAUAAAAAAAAAAAAAGCUAAACAAGGGUCACGCUGUCUCUGCUACCUAAAAGCCCUGAGACCGUAGAUUUGUUCCAGUAUCCUUGAUGUACAUACACUUUACACUCUCUAUCAUACAAGCAGUUACCAUUCAUACUACUUCUUCUUCUUCUUCAUAAACAUCAGCAUCAACACUGACUGAUUAAUAAAUAGGGCAUGCGGUACAGUUUACGGCCGAGGGAGGAAGGUGUGGAGGUCUGAAGGUCUGGAGCGGGUAUUGGUUGGUUUGAUUAACUCAAGCUGUGAAUGAAUCGACUGACGAGACGUUGGUCAGGUUGGUCAGGACUUGGUUUGAGAAGCUUAAGAGGGUUGAGAAGCUCUGAGAGCCCUGAAGGCCCUGAGGGACGUGUUGAUUCACUAUAAUAGAAGGUUCUGUCACUUCGGCUUCACUCACAAGCUAUAGGAUUCAUAUAGGAUUUACCAACAGUCUCUCGACUCUCGAUUUCGCAAAGAAGUCUUCGGUGUGCGUUUGUAGUGGAGGAAUAGACGAGCUGUCUCGCUCUUACAUAAGCGUUAAAAGAUUGAUUUGAUAUUGGAUCAGAAAGGAAAGGGAUCCUGGCUGUCUGCUUUCUGACCAUGCUAAAAAAAAAAAAAAAAAAGCCUUUUCUGUGGCCACUUCAUACGGUUAUGAUGUGUGAACAGUACUUCAUUAUUUUUCCUGCCAUCUACCGUUUUUUUACUUUCACUUUUUUUGGGCUCAACAGCUCCAAUGGUCACCUAAACACGUGUGCGCACAGGUUUUCAUUCCUUAAAUAAAAAAUAAUACACUCCAGAAAGAUAAAGGUGCUUCGGAUGGUUCCUUGAGGGAUGCCAUUAAACCCCAGGUCUUUAAAUAUGGACUUUAAAAUGUGCAGGGAGCAGUAUAACUGAGAAAGUGUAGAGUCGAGUGUUUUUGGGUACCAUACAGUGGAAAUGCAUCCUUUGCAUAUGUGUAUUUACAUUGGUGUGGAUGUUGAACAGUACCUCCACUAGAGGGCAGUUCACAGCCAAAAGUCUUUUUACAACCAGCUGAACAAUGAGGAUGUGCAGGAGGUUGUGAAUAAUGCACAAACUUACUUCCAAAAGAUGAAUAAAAUAGAGGCAGUAACUUUUUUUAAACAUCUUUAGCUUGUGUUUUUGGCUAAAAUGCUCAAAAAAUUCUAUAUCCAUAAGCUUUCAGAGGAUGCUCACAAAUAAAUACAGCUGAAAAGAAUACAGCAGAGGACAAACUGAAGACUCCAUUAAAUCGUCAAUCUGUAUCUAUACUACAGACUACAGUUGACCAUAACUGAGCCUUCAUUCCAGACAGUGUCCAAAAAAAUAAAUAGUCCUUCUCUUAUGGCAUCUCUUAAAAAACCAUUUGUCCCCUUUUGAAGCACCUUUUAUUAGUAAUGAUGGUUCUACAGUCUCAGAUCUUCUGUCUCCAGAGGCGUAACGAGUGAAUGCCCUGUACUCUGACCAACGCCACCCAGCUGGGACGAUACGUGGUCGCUAGAGGUUUUAAAAUACGAUCCUUUCACUUCAUUUGCACUAACAGCCUUCAUUAUUAACUGUCCUUUUUCUUUGUUCGUCUUCUAUCUUCUUGUCGUUCUGCAGACAGCUUUAGAGGUUGUAAGUACUUGAUGAGGUUGUGCUAUACCUCGCUGUGCCUCCGCUGAGGAGUUUUGUCAUCUGAAAGAAGGACUGCGUAACGAUGCUCCGGCCUGGAGCGCAGUCUGAGCAGAACGGACUUGGAGCAGUGUCUAGCUUUGUAUAUUUCUUAAAGAAUAUAUGAAUUAAAAAAAGAUAUCUACUA